CCAGAACUACUGCUGCCACGUCGAACUGCUCCUGCAGUCAUGGACAUGUCCUACUGCUCUCCUCUCCAGCUCCAGGAGGACAGCAGCUCUUUCCUGUUUGACUGUGAGUCUCUUCUGGAUAAAUCUUAUGAUCCUCUGGCCUCAGACCCGGGUUACGUCAGCGCCUGCAGCAGCCUGUCUCCCACCUCCUCUGUGGAUUCUUUCUGCUUCUCCCCAACCUCACUGACCGCUGUCAGAUAUGAAGCAGAUGCUUUGGACUGUUUCAUCUUCAGCAGCCCAGCAGUGGCACCUCAAACUCUACCCUGCUCCAUAUCAUCCCCAGCUGCCUCCACCGCCAAGAAGUCCAGGUCCAGGUACCCCGGUAAGAAGCGCCAAACAGCCAGCGAGAGGGAGAAGCUGAGGAUGAGGGAUCUGACCAAGGCUCUUCAUCACCUCAGGAUGUACCUUCCUACCUCAGUGGCACCGGCCGGACAGACCCUUACCAAGAUUGAGACCCUGCGCCUCACCAUCCGUUACAUUUCCUACCUGUCAGCUCAGCUGGGCCUCACUGAGGAGAUGCUGGAACAGAGAAGAUCUUCAGGUUUUGUGGAGCAACCUCAGAGCAUCAGCCAGAUGCUGGGUCAGUCAUCAUGCAGCUACAAUGUACAGGAAUCAGCCGAUGGCACCACAAGCCCAGCAGAGCCAGCCUGCCCAGACCAGCUGGCCUCUCUGCAGCAUUCAUAUCAAGUUUCCAGUGGCUUUGGCUUGACCAGUGAACAGUACUGGAUGCCACAGCAGCAACUCCAGAAUGUGGUCUUCCCUGGACAGUCUUGAGACACAUGGCUCCCA